GGUCCCCUAGUAUGUCUCUCCUGAUGUCAUGGCCAUCACUGGGCUCAGUCCUUCCCCAUCAUACCUCCAAAGAGGUGAGAUGGAGGUUGCUCCAAGAGCACCAGAAAGUCUCAAUAGCAAAUCCCUUUAUAAUCACAUUGCUGAGCACAACUCAUCUCAACACCACAAGAUGUGGCCACUGUUUCAUAGAGUCACAGGGUCAUUAAGGCUGGAAAAGAUAACCAAGUCCAACCAUUGACCCAUCACACUGUGCCCACUGAACCAUGGCCCUCUGAGUACUGCACGUCCCAGCCAGCACCUUCCUGUCCCACACCUGCAGUGUGAGUGGUGCAAUACAGAGGUCAGUGCCAGGCAGUGUGUGAUGGGACCACUUGGAUUGGACCACUCUGAAUGGGGACAUUUAACAUGCAAAGGAAAGGCAGUAGCAGAGCUCCAAACCACAGCCCUCCAGGUGUUUGGUUUUCUGCUUGGUGGACAAAGAUCACCCUGUGUUGGCUUGAGCAAUUAAUUAGUCCUGAAGAAAUCUGUAAUUUAUUGCUCUUAUUUACAUGCAAUUGCUUCAGGCUCGGAUGCACUCAGAGCUGGAGGAAGGUGAUGGGGUAGUAGCUUUUGUUUCACUCAUAAUUUUUCUUGCUCCAUUUUUCCCUCUAGAUCAGGUCAAGGCAGGGAGGGUGGCAGCUGAUUGAUGCUGGCAAAGCACUGUCAGGAUUUCAUGAACUGGAGCAUCAAGCCAAGAGCUGCUCUUUGGCAACAUCUGGAUAACUCACAGUGCCUUCUGGGAAUGGAUUUGCAAAUGGCAACCCCCAAAAAAGCAGCACCAUGUCCUCCCCAGGAGGGAAAGAGGAUGCCAUGUCCAGUAUGAGACAAGAAUUUCCUUGGACGAGCUGCUCCGGAGACAAUUCAGGGCUUGGAGGAGGAAAAGAAGAACCAGAAGAAAAAUGUCUGCAUUUGAGAGUCUGAAGGUGCAGGUGCAAAGAGCUAAGUGAAAGGAAAAAUCAAGAUGUGGGGCUGCAUUCUUCUCCGCUUUGUCCAGAAGAGAAGGCUGCUGCCAUGAGUGGGCUCACACCCAGCUCCUGUGUGCUUUCAGUGCUUUUUUCUGCCCCAGGAACAGUCUCUCCUCACAGAUGUCCAUGCCAGAAAACCGAUGCGGUGCAUGCUGGCGCUGGUCCCUGAUGGGGCCACGUUUGGUCACAAUACCAACAGACAACAUCCUGAGCGCUGGCCACUUCUUGCCAUCCAUCAGCUCCACUCCCACAGCCGGCUCAUUAGGACUAAAAGCGGAUCGCUCGUUAAGCCAGCAGGGCAGGGGUGCCCACCUCCAGGUUUGCUGCAGGGAAUGUUUGCGUCGGCGUUGCCUUCUCCAGAUGCCAGGGGCUGCAUACAUCUCCGCUAAUAGCAGUGAGCUGCCGGCGGUGCAGACGCACGGAUGCUCAGCACUGGAGCUGCCUGACUUGCUGCGGGGACGGGCAGCAUUUCUCUUCGCUUCAGGGCAUGUGUGUGCCAGCUGCUUUAAUUGAAGCUGAACCACCCCACCACCCCACCACGGAGGGGGUCACCAACACCUCGGCUGCUCGCUGCCCUCAGCACUGGGUCGAGCCCCGGUUCACGCAGGCUGCAAAGGUGCGCGUGGCCGUCACGGCCAUUUUCUUCUUGCUGGCAGCGUGCAGCAAUACAGCAGUGCUGGGCAGCCUGCUGAGGAAGAGGAAGAAGUGCCACGUGCGGCCACUAAUUCUCAGCCUGGCGCUGGCCGACCUGCUGGUGACGGUGGCAGUGAUGCCCUUGGAUGCAGCAUGGAAUGUGACAGUGCAGUGGUACGGCGGAGAUCUUUCCUGCAAGCUCCUCAACUUCCUCAAGCUCUUUGCUAUGUAUGCAGCUGCCCUGGUGCUGGUGGUCAUCAGCCUGGACCGGCAUGCUGCCGUCCUCCAGCCCUUUGCUCGUGCCCGACGCCGCAAUGGGCUGCUGUUGCGUGCUGCAUGGCUGGGCAGUGUGCUGCUAGCAUCACCCCAGCUAUUUCUCUUCCACCUUCACACGGUCCCAGGAGGGAACUUCACACAGUGCGUUACUCACGGCAGCUUCCGAGCACACUGGGAAGAAACUGUCUACAACAUGUUCACCUUCACCACCCUCUAUAUCACCCCCCUGAGCAUCAUGAUUGUUUGCUACGUCCGAAUCAUUUGGGAGAUCAGUAAGCAGCUAAAGAUCAACAAAAGUCUGGUAAGAAGUCAAAAUGACCACAUCUCCAAGGCACGCAUGAAGACUCUCAAGAUGACCAUUGUGAUUGUUGCCACCUUCAUCAUCUGCUGGACCCCGUACUACCUCCUGGGCUUGUGGUACUGGUUCCAGCCAGCCAUGAUCCAGAGGAUGCCUGAGUACAUCAACCACAGCUUCUUUCUCUUCGGCUUGCUGCACACAUGCACCGACCCCAUCAUUUAUGGGCUGUACACCCCCUCGUUUCGGGAGGACGUGCAGUCGUGUCUCAGGGGAAUUGAAGCAGCCAUUACCAGGCAUGAGAGACACAAACCCGUCUUAGUCUCAGAGAAGACCACCAAAGAUGGGGCUGUCAAUGGCCAGGUGGCAUCGGGUGGCUCCAAUGGGACAACCAUUAACACGGUGUGCUGAAGAGAUGUACCAGGAGACUAGCAGCAUCAGGGGCUGCUUUGUCUGGAUGAUUUUGGAGACAAGUCCACUGACUGACUGGGGGGGGUGUGGGUCUACAGCCAUAAACCAUGAACAUUUCUCCUGCCUGUACUGAGAGUGAAUCCUCAGGUAGGAGCUACUCUCUCACCCAGCACAAGGAAGAUGCAGCAGAGGGGCUGGGCCUCAUUUAUUAGAGACUGACAAGCCUGAGGUCUUGUCCAGUCUUCUCCUUGCUAUGGCAUCCAUAAAAGCAAUUUUGGGGUCAUUACCUGACCCACCUCCCCUCAGGCUGCCCCUGUAGGGAGGGAGGAGAUGCUGUGGGAGAUGGAGACAGACAAGAACGAUACAAAGAGCUGCAGUGGGCUGAGAUAGGAUUGAAAGGGACACAGUGGUGUCUCUCCUCAUGCAGGGGUGGUGUGGAUACAUCCUUAUGUAGCAACAGUCUGGGACACAGGGUUGACCAGGAGUGAGUAUUUGGGAUAACCAAAGGGUGAGAACAAGACCUGCUGCUGCCUAGCCCCUCCCAACUGCCAUCUUGCACAUGCUAACAGAAUUAAACCACCUUUUCUCCUCCCUGCUUUCCCCUUUAUCACACACUCAUGUCUGCUUUGCCCUACCACCCACACCUCACUGCUGACUCCAAUCAGAGUGCAUGCAGCCAGGUGCACUUGAUGACCCUGUGCAUCCUAAGGAGGACUGUGAUGGGAAACACCUGUGGGGGGAGGGCUCAUCAGCUGCUGUGGGUGCCAGCUGGGUGCUGAUGGCCUUUAAAUGCACAGCACAGAGCAGAGAAGCUGCUAGAAGAGGCAGGGUGGAGGAAGGAAGGAGUUGGCUGAGCUCUGGUGAGUAAAAUGGUUUAUUUUUAUUUUGUUUUUAUUUAUUGUCUUUUCAUUAACAUGCCAGAAGUUUAUGGAGAUCUUUCUCUUUAGGUGUAUGUUGAAGGUAUGAAUUUAUUCAGCUGUAUUGUUAUCUUCUAUGCAGUUAGGGGUGAUUGAUUACUUCUCUGUGAGAUGCUUGUUAAAUGUUUGGGUUUUUUUGUUUCUGAAGGCAACUUUAGUUGGAGCUAAGAGGAGUUCUUUAGUGGUAUGGUUGCCUGUUUUUUGUUGUGUGAACUCCAUGGGCAACUGAGGUUCUGGAUUUGUCAGGAAACAGUUCUGAGUAUUUUUGUGACUACUGUAGCUUUGAAUGAGCACUUGAGCUUUAUCAGCAUGAAUGUAUUAAUAAGACUCUUGACUUGUGGCUGUAAAUGUGUGUGUGGGGAAGCUGAGAUCCUCCUGGAAAUCAAUUACUUUAUGAGAAGCCUGGAGUGAUGAAUCCCUGUUGGUAAGAAAGGACCUGGACUGGUCUCCCAGUGCCCAGCCCACAAAAACCAAGUGGGGUUUGAACAAAAGGAGUGGUAAGGGGUGUUGGCUGGGCAGCUGUGGUGCUUUGGGUGAUAGCAGGCUGGGGACAGCUGUUGAGUACUUGCCUUUCACUAUGUUAAGCAUUGUCUCAACUGCCUGAAGUGGGGGGGGAUCAAUCAGAGCUGUAAGAGCCCAGUCAGCCAACUGGGAUCAACUUGAGCCCUUCAGAAAGCAUCUGAACUGCAGUGAGAUAUGUAAUUGCCUUUUGGCUUUUCUGGGCUUGCUCCACUCAAGGUUAAUUUUGCAAUGCUAGCAGAGUAGGGCUCAUGGUGCCAGGCGGUCUUGGUUUAACUGGUGCCAGUUGGGUUUCUUGAAGGGUGGUGGGAAUGGGUUCUGGUGGGGAAAGCAACUUGCUCAUCAGACCCUCCUUUGGCAACCCUAUCUGUAGCAGGGGCUUAGAACUAGAUGAACUUCAAGGUCCAUUCCAACUUAUGCUAUUCUACGUUCUAUUGGUCCUGCUGUCAGGCUGAAGAUCCCUAUGGGGAGAAAAACAUGUUGGUUGUUUGAGCCUUGAAUUAGUGGUGAAGUGCCUUUAAUCUCUUAAACAUUCUUUAGUGAAUUUCUGCUGAGUGGGAGCAAAUUGUAUCCAGACUUAUUUAAGGUCACUUGUCCACUCUUGUAUGGUGUUAGGAGAGCUUGUAGGCAUCUAAGAAGUGUGUUUCUUUUUGGGAGGGACUUGUUACCUUUAUGGCCUAUAGGUAUGGUGGGAGAGCAUAAAGUGUUCUGGCUUUGGGAUAUUUUUAAGGAAUUCUUUCCUAUGAGGGUGGUGAGGCACUGGGAGAGGUUGUCCAGAGAAGCUGUGGCAGCCACAUCCAUGGAGGUGCUCGAGGCCAGGCUGGAUGAGGCUUCGAGCAGCCUGGUGUAGUGGAAAGCAUCCCUGCUCUUACUGGGGAGGUUAAACUAGAUGAUGUUAAAGCUCCAUUUCAACCCCAACCACUUGGUGAUGCUAUGAACUGUGGCACAAUAGGAAAACUCUUCUCCUUGGGAUGCUGGGGAGGACACAUCCCUCAGUCCUUGGGACGUGGUCCCCAAGAUGCUUGUGGGUGCUUUGUGCAUGCUGUGCGUUACUCCCUACUGCUUCCUUUCUUCCCUUUUCUGGUGCUUAAAGGCUGACAUUUUGGCGAGCCCAGAGCAUGGGCAAGAUGCCCAAAGUGACAGCUUUCAUGAUAGAAGGGAAAUGUCACUGGGGGAGUGUGCUGCCAAGCAGUACCCUGCUCCUCCUCGCCCUGCGUGCUUCUGCUUUCUGCCCUGGUUGCCUGCUUGCACGACCUCAGCUGUGGCACUGAGGGACAUGGCCCAGUGGGGAUGGUGGGGAUGGGCUGAUGUUGGACUUGGUGACCUCUGGAGGUCUUUUCCAACCUUAAUGAUUCUAUGUUUCUAACCCUGUGCUUCAGUGUUUCUUUCUUCAGGAAGAAGCUCUGAUUUGUUUUCCAUUAGCAGUUUUAUAGCACUGUGCGUGUUCAAAGAGCCACACAAGUGGCUUAAGAGCUUAACAGAACCUCAGGUUAAUUCAGAAUAUUGUUGGUUAUUCAACACAACACUCGCAUUAAUUCAGUUGACUGCAUCUCACCACGUUGGGAAACACAUGCUGAAAUCAGCAGGGAGCACAGAAAACAAGCACCAGAGUUGGCUAUUAAGUAUUUUGAUGGCCCACUAAGAUAGAAUGCAUUCAUUUUCCUAUUGCCUUUGAGGUCAGCAGUCCCAAAUGGGGCUCUAGAGCUCCAGAGAACAGCCAGGGCACCAGCCCAUGGUUCCCUGCCUGCAGCUCCUCUCUCCUGUGGGUCUGCUCAAACCUGGGAGUGGAAAAAUCCACUCUUUGGUAUUGCUGGUUUAACACAGUGCUGGUUUAAAGCCAAGUAAAAGCCCAGACAGACACUGGGAGAUAGUGCUGAAUGGCCACUAUGCAUUAAUUCAUUCUGCUUAUCCUUCAGGAAAUUUCUCUAUGCAAAGGAGCCUUCAAACCGUGCCAUGUUUCUUCCCAUCUGUUCCUUCUGCCUGGCUGCUGGGUUCCAGGUCUGUGCCUUUCCCCGCAGCAAAGCAACCAUCCAUCAAACAACUGCUGCUUCAGCCCCUUCCUUUUCAAAGGGCCCCAGAUAUCCCAUCUGUUCCCAAAGAUGUUUCACUUGCAGGCACACACCAAGGCUCUUACCAACACAGUACCAUCCACCAAACAGCUUUAGGAUUUCUGCCUGGCAUCCUACCUACCCUAAACUCAUGGCACAUUAAAGAUCACUUGUUGAAAUAGACCAAAAGCAGGCAAAAAAAAAUCUCAGAAACACAAUGCAUGUUUCAAACCCCAAAUUCCUAGAUUGAAAUAUCCAGCUACUGUAGCCAAAUCUGUUGUGCAGUAAAUUGUUGGUUUAUGUAUAUUUUAAUUGCAAAUCAGAGCUAUAAUUAGCACGUAUGUUUCGUGGGCUGUGGCAAUGCAAUGUGCUGUACCAGUGAGCAUUAUUAAUGGACUGUAAAAGGCAAUGGGGAAUUGGACUAUAAUGUUCUUGUUUUGCAAGCUGUAUGGUGAAUAAAUAAAUUGGUCUUGGCAGUAAAAUUAACUGGAAUAAAUGCUUCCAGCUCUAUCCACCAAGGAGACGGGUUGCUGUAUGUGUCCUCAGAAUUGAGUUAGGAAACCUGAUUGGCAGGUUGUCAUUUCUGGCAAUUAGGUAACAGAAUAAUGUUAGAGAAAGACAGAUAUUUGAAAUAUUUCAUGAGUAGGGUUAGGAAUCAUAGACUCCUUUGCUAUGGAUAUGUGAUGAGAUCUUGUUCUGGUUAGCUCCAACCCUAUAAAGGCUGUCAGGUGGCUGUGCAUGGAACCCUUUACCCUCUCUCUUCCUCCUGUGGAAAACAGAAGUGGAAAGCAGUCUGACAGCAAAAUGCACAUUCAGUAUUGAUGCUGAAGUGCCCAAGUCUGUCUGAUCUUAUGUGCUAACCAAGGUGGGUUGUGGCUGAGC